CCACAGUCGGUAGAAUGCAGCGAAUGAGGUGUUUUCCGCCCUCUGCUGGCCAACAUGUGUAACCGCACGGUCCAGUUCCUGGUUCACGCUUUCAGCGACUGGCGGACCGCGCAGCAUCAACUUUUUAACAAUGCAAGUAGUCGGGUCUUAGCUUCUCAAAAAUACUUGAGGCGAGCAUUGCGUUCGUACACACUGUUGGCGGCACACGCCGUCGCCAGGGCAUGAUUCUGUAGACUUGUGCAGGUUUCGCUCAGCGGACUCCCGAGCUAAGCUAGCUAACUUGCUAGCUUAGCUUAGCUACAUUGCUAUCCAACAUGACUGACUGCUGCGCCGCAGCCAACUGUGGUUACCAGCAAGAAGGGCCCGACAACAACACUCCACUUUUCAGCUUCCCCGCCGACCCAGAGCGCUGCAAACAAUGGUUGGAUAACUGUUGUCGUCAGGAUCUGGCAUCCCAAGCUCCGGAGGAACUGCAUAAACUUUACAAACUUUGUGCAAAACACUUUGAGCUCUCUAUGAUCUCUCAAGAGGUUUUCAGUGCAUGCGUCUUAAGAGAAGAUGCUGUUCCAACAAUAUUUGAUUCUGCUACAUCUAAAAAUAAUGAAUCAACAUGCAGCAGGAAACGUACUGGAGGCCCUGCUGAGGAGGAACCCACUGUGAAAAAGUGUACAAGAGAGCAAACCGCAACACCAAUACUGAUUGAGACGAUAGAAGAAAUUUCUGGCCAUGACAAUGUUACACCUGAAGAAAAGAAAGAAAAGCAAGCAGAAGAGCACAUCGGCAGUUCCAAAGCUAAAGACACUCUGAAAGCUUAUUUCAAGGAAAUUCUGGCACUGACUGGAUUCAGCAUCAAUGGUGCCAAUAUCAACACGGAUGAGCCGACUGGUGAAUUAAGUCAGCAUUCUGUAAAGAAAAUAUGUGCCGAGAAAAUUGACAAACAGGAAAUUCUUCAGUUCAGUGAGAAGCUAAUGAGAGAAGAGAUCCAGAACAGCCUGAGACAUGCUCGAUUCUUCUCAAUUAUGCUCGAAGAUAUUACAAGUAUCGAUGGAAAAGAGCAAAUCCCAAUUUUCAUUCGAUCUGUCACUGAGGCAGGUUUACCACAAAAACACCUAAUUGGAUUCUUGCCCUGCGACUUGAAUGCAGAAAGUCUGUAUAACGUUCUUCUGUCAGAGUUAAGAAAUAAGUGGGGGUUGCGGAUGGAGCACUGCAGGGGUCUUUCCUAUCUGGUGACAGGACGCAUGUGUCAAACCUUGCGAGACCUCACUUGCAAGAUUUUGCUGGAGUUUCCACAAGUGGUUCUAUCACCCAGUGGCCCAUAUGCAUUCAACAUAUGGAUUAUUCGCUGCAUGCCUGUGCCCACAAUUCAAAAUAUCAUGGACACUGUAGAAGAGGUGGCCUCCUUACUCAGGGAGAAACCAGAGCUGUACAAAAGAUUGGAAGAAAAGAUCCACAUGGCAUAUUGGCAUAUAAAAGGAGAAGUGGACAGAAUCAAGGCAAUUCUCAGGGGGACCUGGGAGUAUGGCACUGACGCCUUCCAAACCAUGUUAGAUAUUCUGGAGCCUUUUCUUAACUGCAUCAGUGAGAUGAUUUCAAAGGUGGAUGAAGAUACUGCUGAACAGAUGGCCAAACUCAAGCCUGUUUUGAAGAAUUUCCAUUUCAUUAUGUCGUUAGUCGUGCUAAAAAACACCCUCUGCUGUGUGUGCAUACUCAACUCCAGUCUCAGGGGAAUCAUUAGCAUGAGUAGUACCCUGCAGUACACUAUUUCAAAUGCCUUGAAACUUGUAAGCAAGUACCAACAGGAUAUUGCUGUGCUCAACAAAAAAUGGUUUUCAGAUGCAGUCGGUCGAGCCAAAAAGCUUGGUGUUGAAGUGAUAAAACCCGAGAUGGACCAAGAAGAUGCAAACGACACCCCGCUUGAGGACUUUUACAGAGAAACCUUGGGACGGCCUAUCCUGCAGUAUCUUGUUGCAGAGGUCAAUCGAGUGUUUAGUAUAGAGAUGGUGAGGAUUUUAAGAUGGCUCUCUUUGGUGCCAUCCUACAUGGCUGACCACAGUUUCAGCAUUCGCCGGGAUAAAGUGGCAGACGCCAAUUUGAACAAUCUUUCGAGACCUGACACAUUCUACGAAGAGCUCGGUUGCUGGGAAGUGAAGUGGAGGCACGCAAGCAAACGUAGAAUAUUGCCAACCACAGUAUUUGCAACACUGAAAAUCCCAGACAUUGGUUUUUACCCAAAUGUACAGAGCUUGUUGAGGGUGUUGGGCACCGUUCCAUGUAUAAACGCAGAGGCCGAUGUUUACGGACAGUACAAUAUGGUACUGGAGCGAUGCCAUGCCUAUCUGAAAGCUACACCAGAGGACCAAAGACUAUGCAGCUCGGCAUAUAUCUACGUCAACCAAGAUGUGCAUUUUAGUGUUGAACAAAUGGUGGAGUCAUAUGUCCAGAAGCAUCCAGAAAUCCUGCAGAUCUUACAGAUUAAUGAAGAAACCCAGAAUAAGACUUCAGAAGCAGUGACAAGACAAGGAAACCAUGCUGAAAAAGAUGGUGAAGAUGAAUUAAGAUUUCAACUGAUCAACAUGGAGAUGGACUCUGAGAGCCUUGUAGAGAUGAAGUGUGCUGAGACGGACAGAGAUUCAUUGAAGUCCGCCCUGCAGGCAGCAGUGACAACUGCAUACAAUAGCCAAAGCUGGCAACAAAGUGAGAUUUCUCCUGCUCAAGAUGAAGAAGUCGAGUAUGUCACCAAGUCUGAAAUGAAAGAAGUUCUCACCGUGUGUGAAAAUGCUGUCAAAGAGGGAAUUCUCAUGGAAGUAGGGAAUUCUUUUUUUUCCAUGUUUAUUGACCGCGUUGUAAAGAUUGGGGAGAAGGACUAUCUUCCACUUUUUCUUCGGUUUGUUGACAGCUUCGAUGUCAUGCGACUGGAGUUGUUGGGAUUCUUGGAGGCAGCUCUCGAUUGUGAUGUGAUGGUGCAGCGUCUUUUGGAAAUAGUAACAGAAGAGUGGCGUCUGGAUUUGAAUAACUGUAGAGGUCAGGCAUACCUUGGAUCCGGUAACGUUUCUUAUAAACUUAAAGCUUUCGCUUGCAAAGUACAGGAAAAGUACCCCCUUGCUAUUAGCACACACUGCUCUUGCUACUCGUUCAACACAUGGUGGUCAAAAGCUACCCCAGUGCCCAAUAUUAAAAGAGCUCUUGAUACAUUCGAAGAGGUGAUGAUGUUUUUUGGAAGCAGGAGUGCUCUAGAAAAACAGCUAGACCAUGUAAUUGCUUAUGGUCUUCGAGAGAGCUAUGAAAAAGUCCAAGAAUUGCAAGGGACAUUUUGCUCUCAGUGGCAUGAAAAGCAUGACUCGUAUGAGGUGUUUGUGCAGAUGCUGGAGCCACUUGUUGAGUGUCUUGAGAAAGUAAAAAAUAGCCCCCAGAGGUGGAAAACUGCUGUCUCGGAACAAGCUGAAGCACUCUUGAACAAAGUGAUGACAUUUGACUUCAUCAUUGCAAUGGUUGUCCUAAAGAACACCUCGUCUUUUACCAGAGAGUUGAGCGCGGGUCUUCAGAAAGACCAUUUCAGUGCUGCAUUCCAGCUAUGUCAAAUCACUGGUAUUGUUGCUACUUUGAACAGAAUAAAAACCAGUUUGAAGGUGUUUCACCAGAACUGGUUUGAUGAGGCCUCUGCAAUUGCACAAAGUCUAAGUGUGCAGAUCGAAGUGCCUGAGAAGUAUCUGCCAAGGGACAGCAUGAUAAAGCCACUAGGUUUUUACAGAGAUGGCUUAAGCGUGCCCCUCGUAGAUAACCUCAUCAAUGCCGUGAAGGAUCAUUUUUCAGAUGAUCACAAAGAAGCUCUCAAUUUCCUCUCACUGGUUCCUUGUUUGGUCACAGUGAGUUACAUGUUUGAGAGCUUAAAAUCAAAGCCACCUCUCUACAGCAGUGAUCUUCCUGAUGCUGACAACUUCUUCACUGAGCUCUGCUGUUGGAGAGUAACAUGGAAGACUAAAGUUGCCUCUGUGACCAUCCCAAACUCAAUAUUUCACACAUUGCGUCUGCCACUCAUGCAGUACUUCGGCAACAUCAACGUACUCCUGAGGAUUAUGUCAGUGUUACCCAGCACGGCCCUUGAGGACUGCGGAGUUUUAAUGCGCCACAAGAAAUUCCAGGAAUACCUAAGAAAUACUAAUCCAAAAGACCGCUCGCCAUGCUUGGCUGUGCUACAGGUGGGCACAGAUUUCAGCAGAGAUCUUGACCGCAUGGUGAGCCAGUGUUUGAAGGUUACCCCACAAGCCCUGGAGGGUAUCUGUUUGGAUAAAGAAUCCAAAACUUUCAUCAAAACCUCUGACAAUAACAUGGAAGUUGAUGUGUCUAUCAAGGAGGAAAACGACAACGCAGAAGUUCAGCAAUGUCCUGAGGACCAACAUAUAAAGCCAACAGAUUGUCAUGUUGGAGAUAACAGUCAAAGUCUGGUCACUGUAUUCAGAUUGGCUGCACUUCUUGGAAAAAAGAAUACCAGCAUAGCAUGUCUUUCUGAAGAGGAGAAGGAGUAUUUCACUCAGGAGCUCAACAUGUGCCACUGGUACAGGAAGGAGAACAAAAGAGCAUCAUCCAUAAGUGAAGCUGAAAUGUUGGAGUUCCUAAUUGAGGGAAUCAGAGAUGUCAUACUGAAGGAGAUAGGGGACUCACCAUUCUUCUCACUUAUCACGGAUAAACCUGUAAAAAUUGCUGACAAGACUCACCUACCUGUCUUUGUCAGGUAUGUUCGAGAAUCUGCUCCAAAAGUAGAGCUGAUGGGUUACUUGCAAUAUGAAAAAGACUGUGAUGUUGAUACUCAAGCAAAUAAGCUUGCGAAAGUGAUGACUGAGGACUGGGGCUUACCGAUGGCUCACUGUCGAGGACAAGCAUUCAUGCAAUUAGGCUCAGGUUACGAAAGCUUAAAGAAAAUGACUUUGGAUUUCCUCAAAAGUUACCCGCUUUGUGUUGUUACACCUAGCGAGUCCUGUGGGCUGGCCAGUUGGCUGGUAGGAAGUGUGCCUUGCCCUUCUGUCGCAAAAAUGCUGGAUGUCACAGAAGACCUGCUACUGUUCUUCGAUGAAUCUCCUUCUCUUGAAAGAACGUUGGCACAGGCACAGGAUGGGCUUCUAAAUAUGCCAAGGGAGGCCUUGGAAGGAAUUCCAGAGACAUGUUGUUCAAGAUGGAAGAGGAGAGAGGACUUCUUUGACAUUCUUGCUGACACAUUGGAGGGUAUCCUCAGUUGCUUAGAUGCUGUGAGUUCUGAGGCCAGAGGUGCAAUGUCAGUGCAUUCGCAAGUUCUCUCAGUUGCUCUGAGAACCAUGGAUUUCAUUGUCACACUUGUGAUCCUGAGGAACGUCUGUGCUCCUCUUAGUAACUGUAGCACAGUAUUCCGCUGUGGAAACCCUGCUGAUAUUCUUUGUGAAGUGGAAAAGAUUCCAACAAUCAUAGAGACCCUUGACAAAAUGUUGGAAAAUGUCAGCACAGUACAUGCCUCUUGGUUUGAACAGGCGUUCCAGUUGGCUAACAAAGUAGCCCCUGAGCAAGUGUGUUUUCCUCAGGAGGCCAGCUACUAUGAUUCUCCAGAGAUAUACUACAGAGAAAAUCUAAGCAUUCCCCUCCUCAGAAAUCUCAUUGAUGAAAUGAAGUACAACUUCUCAGAAAGUCACUUGAAGGGGCUGUCGAUCCUGUCCUUACUGCCGUCCUGCAAUCCACAGCCCAUUUUCCCAGAGUGCCCAGACAAGCCUUUCAGCUGCUACCUAACAGAUCUUCCGGAACCAGACACACUAGAGCAGGAAAUCAAUGCAUGGGCUGCCAUAUGGCGAGACAAAGACCAGGAUGUCGCUCCUCCAACAUCCAUUGCAGAAACAUUAGUUCAUUCUGAGUCAAAGAACCACCCAACAGUUACCUUACUGCUUCGGCUUGUAGCAGUGCUGCCUAGUGUUGGCAUUGAGUGUGAUCUGAUGAAGACCACAUUGAAUUCCAUGAGAAAUCUUUUAAGGAAAACUGCUUGCAAAGGUAACAGGACAGUUCGUGUGAUGCUCCUUUCUCACAACACAACAUUGCAGAAAUUGCCCGAAGUAAUUGCCAAGUGUAUUGAGGUGGAUCCAGAGAGCAGCCAUUGUCUUUCUCAGGUCAUGGAAACUUUACAAGGACUACAUUUGGACAUAGGGAGUGUCAAUGAAGAAGUGUCAAACCAGGAGACACCCCCAGAACUCAGCGCCAUUGGGGGUUCUGCGAGUAGAGAGGAGAACUCUACUGAUACUCAAGUGGUCCUGGAGGUUGUUCAAGGGCCCAGACAGCCAGUGUCCUUCUAUGAGCCGCAGCUGCGUGAAGAAAUUAUCAAGGAACUCUGGGACUCUCAGUUCUUCACAAUCAUCACUGAACAGACUGUUGUUAUAAGCGGUGAAGUUUAUGUCCCACUGUGCAUUAGGUACCUAAACAAAGAGGACAUCCAAUGUGAAGAAACAUUGGCUUUUGUUCCUCUUGUUGGAGACUGCGCGGUCCUCUCUGAGUCUAUUGAGAUGGCACUCUCUGAAAAAUGGGGUCUUAACAUGGCGUACUGUAGAGGACAGGCCUUGAUGAGUGUUGGCGAGGUCGGCGCUCAAAUGAGAGCUGUGAGCUUAGCGCUAGCUGAGAAAUACCCUCAGGCAGUGAGAACAGUCAACUCUAGUUUGUCACUCAAUGCGUGGCUGGCAAAGUCCUCUUCAAUAGAAGCAGCGACUGAGGGAACGGUCCUGGCAGGUCAAAUAUUACGUUGGCUAACAGAGGAUGCAGAGCGGCAAAAUAAACUGGAAGAAAUGAUCCUCCACGUGUUCCAGCACAAUGAGGCAAAGGGGAACGAGCUGAGGGACAAGCUGAUGAAGAACUGGGAUAAGAGUCACAACAUGCAUGAGGUGAUGGUGGAGAUUAUCGAAGCUGUCUUGCUUUGUUUAAGUGAGCUCAAACAUCAGGGAGACAUUUCGGACCGGCAGCAAGCGUCGCAGUUCUUUGAUUCCAUCACAAACUUUGAGUUCAUCCUCUCAUUGGUGGUGCAGAGACACGUCUUGAGUGCCACCAAGAAGCUGAGUCAGUCUCUCCAGGGCAAGCCCUUGGACAUGUUGCUUGCUGUCAACAGUUUACCAGAUCUCAGCGCGUCUCUCAGGAAUUUGGUGAGCGACAUCAACGCACAUCACAAGGCGUGGUUCGAGGAAGCCGUGGUGCUCGCUUCUAAGCUGCACAUCCAAAUACUGCAUUCGGUUCUGUUGGAACCUUUGAGUGAGUUUUACAAACUUGCGCUCAGCGUGAAAUUGGUUGAACACUCCUUGUUAGAAGUCGACGAGCUCUUCACCGAGAAGGUCAUGGAUACCUUGAGGUGUCUGGAGAUUGUGCCUUACGCAAUGUCCAAAGUACAAAGCAGCACUCUCAGUGGUCUCAUGCUGCGCCUGUACAAGGAAGACCUGCGAGACGAAGCUUCCCUUGAUGACGAGAUCAAAUUGUGGAAGGAGAAGUGGUUGGACCCCCUGGCGGGCUAUCUUCCGACCACCGUGCUCGACACCCUCAAAACGUCCCAAAUAAGAAGCUACAGUAAUAUCGAGACUCUCCUCCGACUCCAGGUCAUUUUGCCCUUUUCAAGAAAAGAGAGCAACUUCAAGCAAGGAAAGAGAAGCUUACAGGAAUUCAUUCAGCAGGAAAAAAGAUCCCUCGCCGAACUCCAUCCUCUGUAAAAGCUGCAAGGUCUUCCAUCAUGGAGAGGUUGGCGCCAUCACCGCCGUACUCGAGAGCCUGGAGGUCUGUAAUCAACAUUUCUGUGUGUGCAUCCAUCCAUUUUCUACCGCUUGUCCCUCUCGGGGCGCGGGGGUGGCUGGAGCCUACCUAUCUCAGCUGCAUUCGGGCGGAAGGCGGGAUACAUCCUGGACAAGUCGCCAUCUCAUCGCAGGGGCCGUUUUUGUAUAUAUUAUUCAAAUUCUUUGUGUUCUCCAUUUGUUGAUAGUCUCUAAACCACGUUUUUGAUAUAUUUUCCCCUCUUUUCUAGUUUGUACAAUAAUACUGCUCAAUGGGACCAAAAUGGCAUAACAAUAGUCAGGUGAAAUAAAGCAAUGUUCCAUUGAUGGUUAUCAAUGCUAGUGUGCCUUGAUACAAACAUUUUAUUCAAGAUGUCCCAUUGGUGUGACCAGGCUGGCAUCAGUAUCCCUUUUAAUGAGUUAUUUUACUUCCAACUGUCACUCUUGCUUCAUGUUCUGAUGCUUUGCUAUGUUUCCUGUCACAUUUGCUGUAAACCUAGCUAUUAAAGAAUGUCUCCUUGAUAUGGAAAAUCUUCUAUAUAUUUGUCAAAAAAAGUAAUAAAAGUG